AUGGCGAAUCUUCGUGAGCUCCAUCAAGAACUGCGACGCGUACAGGACCGAGUCUUUCAACACAGUCUGAACAAAGAACUGGAAGCAUCGUACGAAUCACACUCAAAAGCCUGGAACAAACUUUACUAUGCCAGAAUGCACGACCGGCUACCGCGCGAGAUCCGAGAUAUGAUCAAUGCCGAAUUCUGGGAUGAAGACUACUUGAAAGGCUUUGAAGGCUUUGAGGUAGCCUGGAAGGCUAAGGAAGAACCCACGCAUUACCACCGUCCGGGGGCCAAUCGUAUUCUGCGCAUCUCACAUGUCGUCCUACCAGACUAUGUGGGUGCCGAAGCGGCGAAAGAGAACGUCCAGAUGUGGUACGAGAACUACGGAGCCAUGGCUUCCAGCCACUGCACCUGGCUCGUACUCAGCGGCAACCUAGGUAAACAUCUCACGACGGCUAUAUGCAAAGAUACUUUCGGGGUGGGCUUGGAUCCUGCCACUGCUCUCCGAAAGAUGACUAUCGAAGUUCCCGACACUUCUCUCGUGCUAGGCCACGAGCACUCCGACUUUAAGGACGCUACCUCACGUCAGGACGCGCUCAAUCUCCUUCUUCGCAUCAAGAAGAAGAGAGGAUUCAAGCUCGAAAUCAGAAUCUACCACGAUUGCAUUCGUCUCAACAUGUGGCCAGAAAUCCUUGGUCUCCUGCAACCCAUCGUUAAGGUGUUUGAGCAGGAAGGAGCCCACGUCAGUGUUCAGUCUGAUUAUGAUCCUAACAGGACAGAUAGCAUGGAUGAGGACCCGGGUGUUAAUACUGAUAUGGAACACUUGAUCAGGACAUACGAUCAGGCGACUUGGGAGGAGAGUAUGAAGCCGGGUUUGAUCGAUUAUUUUGAAGGGAUUAGCGAUGAGUAUCUCAGACCGUACCACCGCUACUAUCGUAGUGAAGAAGACAAUCCAGGCUCUGAUCCUGAUGUCGCUGCCUGGAAACGCUACACUGGGCCCUCUGGUGUGCGCCUGAAACGCGCAAAAGCUGCUGCAGAAAAGAGGGAGCGUACAGCGGCAAAACAUGAGUGGCUAUCAGCAGCAGAGAAGAAGGCGGAAGUGCAGGCAAUGCAAGAGCUACUGCCUAUCGAGCUUCGCGAGAUGAUAUAUGCACAGAUCUGGAAUGCGGAGUAUCUCAACUCCACAAGACAGCCAAGGCAGCAGUCCGGUCCUCUUGGCCACUCCGAUCCGAGAUGCCAUACACAUGUUGUUUGGCCCGACUUCAUGGGCAAAGAGACAGCACUGGAGUUAGUGCAGGCAUGGUACGAAGCAGCAUCUACACUCACACCAGAAACCUUCACAAUCUCCGAUACCCAAGAGUCAAUCAAACAAGCCACAUGUGAAGACCGUUUUCAAGUCGGCUUAGACCCAGCAAUCAUCCUCAGGACUCUCACCAUAGAUUUCGACGAGACCACGUCUAGGCUCGCUAGUCCGUAUUGCAAGUGGCUAGACGCAGACAUACGCCGAAAUUCUUUCGAUCUCCUCCACCGGCUCAAGAAGAAGGCUGGUUUCCGACUCAACUUUCGUAUAUGCACUCCCAAGUUCCGAUUGAACUGUUGGCCCGACUUCUUUGAUCUCUUACAACCUAUAGUCAAGACAUUGGAGAAUGAGGGCGCUAUCGUCGACGUCCAGGCUAUUCAUUGUAGUCGGGGCCCUCAUCCGAUGCCGUAUGUCUAUGUGGACUUGAACAGUCUCGUCAGAGGCUAUGAUCCAGCGACGUGGAAGCAGAGCGUAAUCGGAUAUCUUGAUUCGGCAAUAUUGGCUCAUCCGUUAUCUCCAUGCAAGGACAGCGCUGACAGGUAG